AUGGCACGAAUGGUUCUCGAGAUCGGGGUCUUUGAAUGCAUCUGGACUACAACGCCCAUUUGUCCACAGUACAGCCAACCGGGUGGCCUGGUGGUGGUCGCCCUGGGGCUAAAAUCCAUGACCGCAUUAGGAUGUCAUGAUCAAGGCGAUCGCCGCUUUCAGUCUCGGUAUCCCAGUCUGUCACUGGGUCUCGGCACCAAUUGCGACCCCGAAACCCUGGACCACGCUAAGUCCUCAUGGCGAAUCGUCCGUUGGUGGAAACCUCGCCUGUAUGCUACCGACUAUGGGGUGGAUUUGGCCUGA